AUGAGCAAUUGUAAAUGUAAUUAUCAAACUUCUUCAGUCUAUCAAACUCUCGAUGAACUUGAUUUUGAAAGGGGUAUUUGGUAUGCUGCGCAAAAUAAUGACUUAACUAGAGUUAAAUAUUUAUUAAAAAAAGACAAUAAUGUUAAUGUAGCAGACAAUUUCGGAUACACUCCCUUGCAUUAUGCAAGUAGAAAUGGACACAUGGAAAUGUGCGAGUUGCUAAUUAAAAAUGGUGCCGAUGUUAAUGCUUUAACAAAAUUUGGAAAAGUUUCUGCAUUGCACAGAUGUUCAUCACAAGGUUAUUUAGAAAUUUUCAAAUUGCUUCUUAAGUCUGGUGCAAUUAUCGGACUGAGAGAUGACGAUGGUAAAACAGUUCUUCAUAGAGCUGUUGAGAGUAAUCAUGUAAAUAUUGUAAAUGAAAUUUUAAAAAUAGAUCCUUCAUUAAAACAAGUACCUGAUAAUAAAGGAAAAUUACCAAAUGAAAUUGAAAAUAUUUCUGAAGAGGUUUUAAAUGUUUUAAAUAAAUUUUAA